GGGCGGUCUGAGCGCAUCCAGACUGGUCUUUCUCCCCGCAUCCAGUCCAGCUUCGUUGCAUCGCCUGAUAACUCUAGAAAAGCCUGCCUUCGACCCACGGUUCCGCUUCGUUUUCUCCUCUUCUGGGUAGAUAAACAAUCGAUUGUCUCGAAGAAUACUCCUUGACCGUCUCUUUUGCCUCCCAAUCUCAGGACGCUUCCAUCUCCAAGCUACGAUAAUGAUGCCCCAGGCCCCGGACGGCACAGGCGUCGUCCAGCUGGACCCGUGGCUCGAGCCCUACAAGGAGGCACUGCGCACCCGCUUCAGUUACGCGCAGAAAUGGAUCAAGGCCAUCGAGGAGAGUGAAGGUGGACUGGAGAAGUUUAGCAAGGGCUACGAGAAAUUCGGGCUCAAUGUCAGCGCAAACGGAGACAUUACCUAUCGAGAAUGGGCACCCAAUGUGAUCCAGGCCCAUCUGAUUGGCGAUUUCAAUAAUUGGGAUCGUACCGCGACGCCUAUGAAGAAGAACGACUUCGGGGUCUGGGAAGUGACUCUACCGGCGAAGGAUGGAAUGCCUGCUAUUCCGCAUAAUAGCAAGCUGAAGAUCACGAUGGAGAUACCCGGCGGAGAGCGUAUUGACAGACUGCCAGCCUGGAUCAAGCGUGUUGUCCAGGAUCUGUCAGUGUCGCCUGUUUACGAAGCCGUCUUCUGGAACCCGCCCGCGGAGGAGCGGUAUACCUUCAAGCAGCAACGCCCAAAGAGGCCCGAGAGUCUUCGCAUCUACGAAGCUCACGUCGGUAUCUCGUCCCCGGAGACGAGAGUCGCGACGUACAAGGAAUUCACCAAGAAUAUGCUACCGCGCAUUAAGUAUCUUGGAUAUAACGCGAUUCAGCUUAUGGCCAUUAUGGAACAUGCCUACUAUGCCAGUUUUGGGUACCAAGUCAAUAACUUCUUCGCGGCCAGCAGUCGAUACGGUACCCCAGAAGACCUGAAAGAGUUGAUCGACACCGCGCACAGCCUCGGUCUAGUCGUUCUCCUCGAUGUCGUCCACAGUCAUGCAUCGAAGAAUGUGCUGGAUGGUCUGAACAUGUUCGACGGGACUGAUCAUCUGUACUUCCAUGGAGGUGGCAAGGGUCAGCAUGAGCUCUGGGACAGUCGCCUGUUCAACUACGGUCAUCACGAAGUCCUCCGUUUUCUGCUGAGCAACCUGCGGUUCUGGAUGGAAGAGUAUCGGUUUGAUGGGUUCCGAUUUGAUGGUGUCACGAGCAUGCUCUAUACUCACCACGGCAUUGGGACUGGAUUCUCCGGUGGAUACCACGAAUACUUCGGGCCCUCGGUUGAUGAAGAUGGCGUGAUGUAUCUGCAGAUAGCAAACGAAAUGCUUCAUCAGCUCUAUCCUGAGGUUAUCACAGUGGCUGAAGAUGUGUCAGGAAUGCCUGCACUAUGUCUCCCACUCUCCCUCGGUGGAGUUGGCUUUGAUUACCGUCUAGCAAUGGCUGUCCCAGAUCUUUACAUCAAGUGGUUGAAAGAGAAGGCCGACGAUGAAUGGGAUAUGGGCAACCUUUCCUUCACGCUCACAAACAGAAGACAUGGAGAAAAGACAAUAGCCUAUGCGGAGAGCCACGAUCAAGCACUUGUCGGAGAUAAAACCCUGAUGAUGUGGCUCUGCGAUAAGGAGAUGUACGACCACAUGUCAGUUCUUUCACCACUCACGCCUAUCAUCGAGCGUGGCAUGUCACUGCACAAAUUAAUCCGUCUGGUCACCCAUGGUCUCGGUGGGGAGGGCUACUUGAACUUCGAGGGUAACGAGUUUGGUCACCCCGAAUGGCUUGACUUCCCACGCGAGGGCAACGGCAACUCUUUCUGGUAUGCUCGUCGCCAGCUGAACCUGACGGAGGACCCUCUGCUGCGAUACCGUUUCCUGAACGAAUUCGAUCGCGCGAUGCAGUUGACAGAAGAGAAAUACGGCUGGCUCCACUCGCCUCAGGCGUAUGUGAGCUUGAAGAACGAGACAGAUAAGGUCCUGGUGUUCGAGCGCGCGGGCCUGCUCUGGAUCUUCAACUUCCACCCAACAAACAGCUUCACCGAUUAUCGCGUCGGUGUCGAAACAGCGGGUACGUACCGCAUCGUACUCGACUCCGACGACACCGAGUUUGGUGGCUUCGGUCGUAACCAGAAGGAAACGAGGUUCUUCACCACCGAUCUACCAUGGAACGGAAGAAAGAACUUUGUGCAGGUCUACAUCCCGACACGGACAGCACUUGUUCUAGCUUUGGAGGAGACGCUGUAAAUUAAUUUACUUCGAAUGCACAUUACCGCUGACGCCAAUACACUCUCUGAUGUCCUGGGCCUACUUUGUUUCAUUUUCUAUUCUGCGCAAGACUGCAGUCUUUAUCGCAUUUUCGAUCCGUUGUCAUUAAUAACUGCCCAUGUCUCGAACAAUGGGUAAUCUCAACAAUGCUACCAUAUCCUCUCCAGUUUGUCGGAUGUCAAAGUAAUGUUUGAAUGAGUAAAUUCUAUAUUCUAUAUCUAUACAGUUAUGA